AUGAACACAAAUCGAUAUCAUAAGAUAAUUGAAGUAAAUGGUGGACAGCAGCUCUCUUUACCGAUAGUAAAAUUCCCGCCAUUCAAAUUGCGAGCUGCGAUGGUUGAAAAGGACCCGGUCAUUUGGCUACAUUUACUUGAAACUUACAUCGCUUACUUUGAGUACUUAAUGUCCCAAGGACGAGUGGAGCAAAUAGACGACCAGACUCACGAGCAUUUUUGUCUGUUCAUUCGAAGCUAUCUUCGUGAGCUUUCCGAUGAAGAAGGAAAGCUGCUCAGUUUGGGGAUGAAUCAAGAUGUACUUUCUAAGUUGAAAUUACUGAGGCGUUGGGUCUUCAUUACUAUAAAAAAAUGCGGUCUGAUGUACUUUCAAAUAUCUAAUAAUAUUCUGUGGGACCUGGUAAGAAUAUAUGUUGAAGAAUACCCUGAUUCUGUGCGAUCGCUGAUCGAUGGCUCGUUAGGGCCCACGGUAAAUACACAGAAGGCUCAAAUUAACAGAAUAUAUCAAGUGCACCAGCAUAUAAAAACGUUAGUUGAAUCAUCAAAAUUUUCAAGAGUGGAUUUGAAAUCCUUGGAGGCGUUGCUCGCCAAAAAAUCCAAACGUUCAAACAAGUUUACCGAUCAGUUCUUAAGUACCACUUGGGUAGAAACAUUGGAGAUAUGGUUUAAGACCCAAUCUGGAUUCUUGUAUGAGUGGUCUAAGAAACUGGCAAUAUUAUCGUAUUUGUCCACGUCUGACAGUAGAAUUGUUCAAAUAGUAACGGAACUGAACUUAUCGAAUUUAAGCACCAUUCAAUUGUAUCCGCUUUUUGGCUCACUAAUUACAAAUGCUGCAUUCAACAAAUAUAAGCCAAGUCUAAAAAGAACCUUGUGCAGUAUGGGACUCGAUAUUUUCUACCCUACUCUGAAUACCAAUGUCGAUUACAUAUCGAGUACCUCAGAUAUAGAGAUGGUACGAGAAGUCUUCCCUAAUUUAUCAAUUGCUGAGAUCAGAGGUUUACUAGAGAAACAUAACGGUGAUGUUGAGCGAACAAUCAACGUGGUUUUCGAAAACUCCGAAGUUGUCGAUCAUGUUCAGCCGAGUCAGAAACCUAAAUCAAUAUCUGGCGUCUCGCAUCUGGGAAAUGCGUUCAAGCAUGAGUUGACUGAAAGUGAUAUCAUUACAAAGGAAGAUUUGAGUGAGCCACACCACGUUCCUGAUGAAUUGAGGAACAAAACAUUAACAAGGGCGCUAGAAUUACUGUAUGUAAAGAACGAAGAUGAGAGGGAUGAUACUUAUGAUAAUCCCGAAGUUUUCCGUGCGGCUUCAUCAUCAUUGGACGGUAAUGAUAAUGAAGAGUAUAAUCGAGAAGUGGCGCUUUACGACAGGUUGGAAAGUGAAUUCUGGGAGCUGUUUAAGACCGACAAGAAACUCUUCGAACAAUCAAGUAGAGGAACAGCAAUAAGAAAGAAAAUGAAGGCUGCGUAUUCAUGGUCAGAUGAGCAAAUCGAGGGAUGGGCCAGAAUGAUAGAACGUAGUCCUCGACGUGCUCAAUUUUUGGAAGAGAAAUAUCUUUUCAAAGGAAACAUACGCACAGGUAAAAGAUCUUUCGUCCAAAACAUCCAUGACAGCAACGAAGCCAAAGAACGGAAGGGUGAUCAAAAAGAUAAAGUUGAUUCAAAAGUUUCUUCUUCUAAAAAUUCCAAUCAAAAAAAGAGGCAAAAUGCGAGAAAUGAAAGAAAUAAAAGCUCAAAAGCUAAUCAUAACAGAAAAUCCGGACACGAUAGGAAGUUGGCUAAAGCUACGUUAUGA